UUUAGUUUUCCAGCGGCAGCUGAUGAGUGGGGUGGAAAAUUGUGUGUGAGCUGCGUGCAGUGAAUAAAUGGUUCGGAAAAAUGCCAGCAAAUUUCAAAGUGCAAUAGACAGUUUAGCAAAGCCCAAUCAAUCGAAUCGAAUCCGUUUCAAUGGAGUCCUUGAGUUCCAUUCGGUUUUUGAAGAGCUCAUAGAAACAUACUUGUCGGCUGGUAAUCAAACACCUGUUUGUUUGUCAAUUGCUUUGCUGGGAUUUUCAUGGAAUUAAGGAGGCCUCAAAAGCAAUCGAGCUGUAUAACAACUUUCGAAUAAGCUUCACAUGCCACUUGCUAGAGGCUUUCCAGCGGCUGGUAAGUCAAUUAAAAAGCCAAUUUGUGUGGGUUCGCUGCUGGCUGCCAUUACCACGACAUUUCUACGGUUUCCCGCGGGAAACUGAGUCACGGACACGGCUGCGUCUGCGGCAGCGGGAACGACUUCGGCGGAAUCCCGCCGAACGGGCCAGUCACCAGCGGAACCGGCGGACAGAGCGGCGCCACCUGGUCAUGGACUACAUCUUCGAGUGCUUCUUUGAGGACACCUUUGAGCAGAUCUCCCGGAACGGGCUGCAGGACCGCCAGUCGCGGCGCGAUGUCCUCGACCACCUGAGCUCCAUCAUCAAGGGCUGCAGCGGCGGACAGAACUCCCAGACGGACGAGGUGGCCGCCAUCGCGGUGACGGCGGCCAUGAGAUACCACCGCAUGGCCAAGGAGCAGAACGGACAGGUCUGCCUCAUGGGCAAGUAUCACAACAUUCUGUACAUCGGCCUGCGCACCUGCUGGGAUUGGGGAGUCCGGGACUCGGAGGUGGUCGUCAAGCUGCUGGUGGCCAUUUAUGAGUGCGAGAAGACGUAUGAGCGCAUUUUCCUGGGUGCCCUGUUUGGACCACAUGCUCCGCACUUCAUCGCCGGCUGGCGCAGUGACUUCCAGGAUCAGCACGAGAAUGUCCGGGCUAUGGUUUACUUUCUGAAGCACGCCACACGCGAGCAGCUCACAUUGCCCGUCUGGAUUCCGCGCUUCGAGCAGGAGCGACAGCUCAGAUUCAUUGAUGUCCCCAUUGAGUCCUGCGGCAAGUCCUCGCCCCUUCGCAUUGCCCUGCAGGCGAACGCUCCCGAACUGCUGCUCAUACUGCUCAGAUACGGUGCCGCACCGCAGCCGCCGGACGGAGGCGCCUCCGUAAUUAUAGCGCUGCUCGACAAACUCAUCGAGGAUGGCCGUAAUUACAGCUUCGAACUGGUCAUGUGCCUCAAGAUCCUGCUGCGCAAUGUGGUCAUGAUUGAGAUGCCCUUCAAGCCCCUUUUAUACGCUGCCCGAAGAGAGAUGUUCUUCGAUCGCUACGGCCGCCUGUUGAUGGACAAGAUCAUCGGCAAGGAGCAGGUCUACGGAGUACCCAGCCUUCGUCAUCUAUGCCGCUGCUGCAUCCGCGAUGUCCUGCGGAUGCACAAUCAACUACCCAACGGCAUCGACACGUUGAGGCUGCCAAAGCGCCUGCAACGCUACAUCGAUCUCACCGAGGAGCUCGAAGGACCUGAGGCGCAGGACAGCGAGGAGAAGGAUCAGCAGCGGGGAAAAUCCUCGGCCAAAUGCAAGCUGGGAGGCGAGGUGGCACGACUGGAUACCAUCAGCAGUGCGGAGGAGAGUGAGGACGAGAGCGAGAAUCAAGCGCAGCUCCUGCAGGCAGUCACGGAUCCGGAGAAGGCUGCAUUGGCGGCUUUCAUGGCCACCGGCGAUGGAGCGUAUACGGAGGAGGCGAAGCAGGCGGCGGUAGAUGCCUACGUGGCAGCCUGUCCGCCCGAUUUCGAUCCGGAUUUUCCGCCAAUUUCCCUGCCCGGGGAACCCAGAUAGCCAAAAACACCCAGUACUAGCACUAGCACUCACCGAUAGGUUUCUUCGCUGACGUUGAUGCGACCCGGAACGCCGGUGGUCUCCGUCCGGCUGGUGAGAUUGACGGUAUUUCCGAAUAGACAGUAGCGCGGCACUCGGUUGCCGAUCACUCCGGUCACCACUUCGCCGGAGUGGAUGCCUAUGGUGAUUUGCUGGAAAAACAAGGACCAAACAAUGAAUUUACAAUUGUAGAAUUUGUAGGGAGCUUAUCUAGAAAAUAAAUGUAUAUUCUGA